CUUGUUCACCUGCUGCUUCUGCUAUAAGAGCCCUGCUCCGUCGGCCUCAUCUUGGUCCCUUCUUCUUCCUCUUCUUCCCAUCGUCUCGAAAGUGGUGUAAGCAGGAUAGAUCGUCGGUUCAUCCAUGGAGAGCACCGAGCUGAAAGUGGAGAUGGUGGCGCUGCAUGAGAAGAGGGUACGGAAAUGCCUGUCCAAAGUGAAAGGGGUGGAGAGGGUGGAGGUGGAGGCGAGCAUCCAGAAGGUGGUGGUGACGGGGUACGCGAACCGGAACAAGAUCCUCAAGGCGCUCAGGAGGGUGGGGCUCAGGGUGGAGCUCUGGUCGCCACGGAACGAGCUGCUCAGCGCCUACGCCGCCGGGAGCUUCGCCUUCAACAACUACGGCUUCUUCUGAUCGAUCUCAUCCGACGACCGACCAACGAGAUGCAUGCUAGUUGCAUGAUGAUGUCGGCGACGUUGAACCACCAUGUAUAAACCGGAUCUGGGAGCUUGCUUGGUGUUUCUUCUUUCUGUUUUGCUUUAUUAUCUGCUUCGGAUGGUUUCUUUUUCCUCUUACGUGUAUAUAUAUGUCACAUUUUUUUCCCUA